GAGCACAAACGACAACGGCGCAACAACCGAGACAACGAUGCAGUCGCUGAUGGCGAAGAUGGAGCUUCGAAUACCCCGAAGCCAUCAAACAUGAGCAUUCCCUUCUCCGCUGAGGAGAUCGCUGCCGAGGACCGCCGGCCCAAGCGCAAGGUCGCCGUACUUAUUGGAUACGCUGGCACAGGCUACAAGGGCAUGCAGAUCAAUCACGAUGAGAAGACCAUCGAGGGAGACCUGUUCGCUGCCUUUGUGGCUGCAGGUGCCAUCCAGAAGAGGAAUGCCGACGACCCCAAGAAGUCCAGUUUUAUACGCUGCGCCCGAACGGACAAAGGUGUGCACGCCGCUGGCAAUGUCAUUUCUUUGAAGCUCACCAUUGAGGAUGCCGACAUCGUGGACAAGAUCAACGCGCACCUGCCCGAGCAGAUACGUGUAUGGGGCUACCAGCGGACAAACAAUGCCUUCAACUGCUACCAGGCUUGCGACUCGAGAUGGUACGAGUACCUCCUCCCCAGCUAUACUCUCCUGCCACCCCACCCGCAGACGUUUCUCGGAAAGAAGGUCAUCGAGGCGGCAAAGGAGAAGGGCGUCUGGCAAGAGUGUCUCCAGGCCUGGGAGGAUGUUCAAGGUUACUGGGACGACGUGGAGAAGAACGACAUCAAGCCUAUCCUCGACGAGUUAGAUGACAAGUCGCGUGAGGAGGUUCUGCAGAAGAUUCAUGCCUCCGAGGAUGCGCAAGAAAAUAUGCAGGAGGACGAGACUGCACAGAAGAAGCGUAAGGCUGAUGAAGUGGAAGAGCGCGACGCCAAGAAGGUCAAGACUGGGGAGGACAACUCUGCCGACAAAGAGGUCGAUGCGGCAGAUGUCACACCCGAGACGACGCAAGUCGAGAGCGAAGGCGAGCCUCAAGUCGCGCCCGAGCCUACAGCCGCCGAGAUCGCUCUGAAGAAGAUCAAGGCUGCUUAUGUCGCCGCGAAGCGCCGGUACCGUGUCACACCUGCCCGUGUUGAGCAGCUGCAGGCCGCGCUGAACCAAUACCUGGGCACCAACAACUUCCACAACUACACGGUCCACAAGACCUUCAAGGACCCCUCCGCCAAGCGGCUUAUCCGAUCUUUCGUCGUCAAUCCAAAGCCCAUCCAGAUCCGCGAUACAGAGUGGCUGUCUCUCAAAGUCCAUGGCCAGAGCUUCAUGAUGCAUCAGAUCCGCAAGAUGGUCGCCAUGGCCGUCCUGAGUGUGCGGUGCGCUGCGCCGCUCGAGCGUAUCAAGGAGAGUUACGGCCCUACCCGGAUCAGCAUCCCCAAGGCACCUGGCUUGGGUCUACUGCUCGAGAGGCCUGUGUUUGAAACCUACAGCAAGAAGGCACAGGAAAACUUCGGCAAGGAGGCGCUGAACUUUGACAAGUACGAGAAAGAGAUCGAGGACUUCAAGCACAAGCAGAUCUACACACGGAUCUGGGAUACGGAGGAGAAGGAUGCCUCUUUCCAUGUAUUCCUUCACCAACUCGACAGCUUCAACACAAACUACUUCCUGUGGGUCACAGCUCAUGGCUUCGAUGCUGCGUAUGAGCCUAAGGAGAGAUUUGACCCAAAGCAAAAGUCGACCCUGAAGGACCUGGAGCAGGAACUGGUGGGCGAUGAUGAAGAU